UUAUUUAUGUUGAGGCAGAAAUAGAAACUUCUUCCUACGCUUGCACACCGUUUCGUGAGGCCCCACUUAUCAGUGGCAAGAAAACUAUUAAAUUAAUAUUACUAAAGAAUAAAACCAAAAUAUUUAAUCAAAAUCUCUUCAGUAGUUUUUGCAUGAUGUUCACUUUGCUUACUUAUACAAAACAUAUGCUACUAUUCAAUCUCUAUUUUAUGCAUUUAUUUCUUUAAAUAAUAACAGGAUAGCAAAGUUUUCUUGCAUUAAAAUCGAAUAGUAUUAUUUUAUGUAGUUAUACACGUUACAUUAUAUAAAAUUAAGUGGGGUAUAAGUAUGUCUGAAUUUAAUUUAUACUAUAAACCAUUAUGCCCCAAAAAGACUUAAUCUGUUAGAAAUCUCUUUUAUCACUAAGAAUAAGUUCUAUUCAUUCUAUUUAUGUCAGCCACUUUAUUUCAGAUUAUUAUAUCUUCCUUUUCUUCGUAAUGUGGUUCAGAGGAUAAUUCAGAUCUUGUCAUAUUUAUAAUUUUAUUAUUUAUAAGGCCAAUUUAAAAUCCGUGCCAUUUUCAUUAAUUUUGACAACUUCUAGAGGGCGUAAAUAUAUUUUUACCAUCUUUUUAUCUAUCUAUGGUAAACCGAUACGUCUACACCAUUGCUGUGUCAUAAAAUAUCUAUGAUUAUAAAUUAUUAUCGUGUUUUCUUGCCAUUGUUGGGAUUUGUCUAUGGUUGGGUGAAUGCAUUCGUAUACUGUUUUGUUUUUAAAAGUAAUGUUAUUGUAUGGUCAUAGUGUAUGGCAAACGUAUACUAAGUAGUUUUAAUACAGAAAGUUUCAAUGGGUCAAGGAAAAAGUCAAUUUUCGGAAGAAGAACUCCAGGACUAUGAGGAUCUCACAUAUUUCACCAAAAAAGAAGUGCUACAGAAUUCCACUUCAAGUGCUCAUCACAAGUUUAAGAAUUUAGCACCAGAAAAAGUUGGUCAUAAUAAAAACGCCAAACUUCCUAUGAGCAAAAUAUUACAUCUUACAGAAUUAAAGGUUAACCCAUUUGGUGAAAGAAUUUGUAAAGUCUUUAGUUCAGGAAAUGAUGGUGAUUGUACAUUCGAAGAUUUCCUAGAUAUGAUGUCUGUUUUUAGUGAAGCAGCACCUAAAUCAGUUAAAGCUGAACAUGCAUUUAGAAUUUUUGACUUUGAUGGAGAUGAUAUGUUAGGUACAUCUGAUUUGCAGCAAAUUAUAAAAAAGUUGAUAGGUGAUAACGAACUAUCUAAAAAUAACAUGCAACGAUUAAUUCAAAAUAUACUAGAUGAAGCUGAUUUAGAUGAUGAUGGGGCUCUUUCUUUCGCAGAAUUUGAACACAUCAUUAAUAAGUCCUCUGAUUUCUUAAAUGUUUUUCGUAUAAGACUUUGAAUUUAGUAUAAUGUUUUUAAUCACACCUAUUGACUGGAAAAUAAGUGUCUUAUUAUCAACAUUUCAUUCCCUGAUUCCAUGUUUAUUGAGAAGGAAUUGAAGGUAAGCAAAAUGAUGAUAAUCUUUAGUUUAGAGAUUCAACAGGAAAAAGUAGAAUACAUAUCCUGUUAAAAUUUCAUGGAGCAUACAUUUAUAAUAAGGGUGAAAAUUGUAAAUGAAAAUUGAUUAUGUAGUGUACUUUGGUAGCAGUUACUACCUUUUUAUCAAUUUUAGUACUAAAAAAUAAUGUCAGGUUUUGUUAAAAAUAAGAACCAUUAAGCUGCAUACUGACAAAUGAUUCAUUAAAAAGAUCAUAAUUAUGAAAUAAGACUAUAAUAAAAAGUUUGUUGUAUAUGUUAUUUUAUAAUUAAUGAUAAGAUAUAGUGACAACUGUAAGAAGCUACUUGAAAAAAUAUAAUCAUUUUAAUAAUUGAUUUUAUUCUCGAUAUCAAAUGUGUAGUUCAAAAAC